UAGGAGCCCCCCCCCCUUGCUAAUUGCGCAAGCCUCGAUCAGAAAAGUAGCAGCCAGCCUCUAUCGACGGGAUCAGCCCAUCCGCCCUCUCCACCCCCCCUGUACCGGCAUCUAUUUUCCAGCUGUGACUUUCCGAAGCCGGCCACAUCAUUACGACCUCACACCCGUCUUAUAUUAACAUAUAUAUACACAUCAUAUAUAUAUAUAUAUAUAAGCUCUUUUAUCGCCCCUCCGAGAAGAGAAACCGUUGAAGAAGAAAACCCAACCAAGGAAUCCUCUCCACUCCUCUUCUCUCUUCAACCGCCAAAAUGGUCAAAGUCCUCCUCGUCCUCUAUGAUGGCGGCAAGCACGCCGAAGAAGUCCCCGCCCUCCUCGGCACCACCCAGAACGAGCUCGGCAUCCGCAAGUGGCUCGAGGACCAGGGCCACACGCUGGUGACCACGUCUGACAAGGAGGGCCCCAACUCCAAGUUUGACCAGGAGCUGGUCGACGCCGAAGUCAUCAUCACCACUCCCUUCCACCCCGGCUACCUCACCGCCGAGCGCCUCGCCAAGGCCAAGAACCUCAAGAUCGCCAUCACGGCCGGCAUCGGCUCCGACCACGUCGACCUCGUCGCCGCCAACAAGACCAACGGCGGCAUCACCGUCGCCGAGGUCACCGGCUCCAACGUCGUCUCCGUCGCCGAGCACGUCGUCAUGACCAUCCUCGUCCUGCUGCGCAACUUCGUCCCCGCCCACGAGCAGGUCGCCCGCGGCGACUGGGACGUGGCCGCCGUCGCCAAGCAGGAGUACGACCUCGAGGGCAAGGUCGUCGGCACCGUCGCCGUCGGCCGCAUCGGCGAGCGCGUCCUGCGCCGCCUCAAGCCCUUUGGCUGCAAGGAGCUGCUCUACUUUGACUACCAGGCGCUGUCGCCCGAGAAGGAGGCCGAGAUUGGCUGCCGCCGCGUCGACUCCCUCGAGGAGAUGCUGGCCCAGUGCGACGUCGUCACCAUCAACUGCCCGCUGCACGAGAAGACCAAGGGCCUGUUUAACAAGGAGCUGAUUAGCAAGAUGAAGAAGGGCUCAUACCUCGUCAACACCGCCCGUGGCGCCAUCGUCGUCAAGGAGGACGUCGCCGAGGCCCUCCGCACCGGCCACCUCGCCGGCUACGGAGGCGACGUCUGGUUCCCCCAGCCCGCGCCCCGCGACCACCCGCUGCGCACCGCCGUCAACCCCUUUGGCUACGGCAACGCCAUGGUCCCCCACAUGUCGGGCACCUCGCUCGACGCCCAGCGCCGCUACGCCGACGGCACAAAGGCCAUCCUCGAGAGCUACCUGUCCGGCAGGCACGACUACCGCCCCGAGGACCUCAUCGUCUACCAGGGCGACUGGGCCACCAAGUCGUACGGCCAGCGCGACAAGAUCAACACUGUCAAGCAGUAAAGAUUGUUGACAUUUUUUGGGGGGGGGAGUGUUGGAGACGGUGGAAGAAUGAGUUGUCUUGAGUAUGGGAGUAUAUGGGUUGGUCUGGCUUGAAUAAGGGGAGCAAAACCUCCUAGAGGAAACUUGAAACCUCUUGGGUCAAAACAAGGCAGUUU